AUGGACAACAGCGAGGAAGCCGAGGGUGCUUGCAGACUUUGUUCCCAGCAGUUUGGCGCAGAUGACAGAGCGCUGCGGCUUUUGUUAGUACGCAAAUUUUCUGUUUCUUGCACAGUCAAGCAAAACACAAGUGGCAGCCUGCGCUUUGCCAACAGCCGGCACUUGCCCGCUUCAGGAUGCCCCUGCUGGAAGCUCUAUGGAAGUCACCAAGGUGAAGCAGGGCUCUACCGUUUGCAGUGCCUGCUUCUAUGUUUCGAGGGGCUCCUUCAGUGGCGUGAAGCAGCAAGAGCUUUUCACUGCACUUACCACCCACGCCACGGUGAGAGAAAAGCUUCUUGUUUGCAGCUGGAUGCUUCCAGGUUGACGAAGAACUUUAACCCAGAUAGUGCUUGGGAUUUCUGCAGCCACACUUUGGUAGUCAGGCGUGUGGCGCCGUUGUGUUUUUCCCACUCUCCCCUGUGGCGCCUAAGGUUUGACAAAUUGAGGAAAGAGAAAACCGCUGAGCGAUGCGCUUUCCCUUCUCGAAAGCCGAAGCAUGAGAAAUGCGACAUCAAACAGCUCAUACGCCGCGCAGAAGAGGAGUACGUGGAUUUCCAGGAGAUCAACGUCUUGGUCGGCCUGCGAGAGUUCUGCGCCAGCGAGCAGCACAAUCCCAAGCAGCUAAAGUUUCGCUCGAACGCGGAGAGGAAGCGCUGGGUGCGGGAUACAUUGAAGCUAAAGCUGGUGAAAAACCCGGCUACAGGUGAGGAGUCGGUGCCGGUGCAUGACAAAACGGUCAUGCUUUCAGGCAACAGACGCAGCGCUGCUCGAGUGCGUGAGGAAAGCUGUGCUGAUCGCCAGACUGCGAAGGAGGAGUUCAAGCAGGCCCGAGAGGGCAUGCAGGUCAAAGAAGCAAUGGAGGAGGCUGCUGCGGCUGCAGAAGGUGCAUGCCCUUCCUCCGACUCAAGUGGCAGCGACAAUGAGAGUGCUUCCUCAAAGUCUUCCUUCAAAGUCAAGUCCGCUUCCCGCCCGCCCAGCCCCCAGCCUGCCAAGCGCCGGCGCGGCCCUGGAGGCCCUAAGGCUGCCGCAAAACCUGCGAGCAAGAAGCAGUCGCCGGCAGCGCAGUCGGAGAAGACAAAGAAGGGUGCAAAGGCAGCGUCAGGCACACCAGACGUCAUUGGCAUUGGGCAGAAACACCUUGACAGCCUCGCAGAGCUUACCCCGCACGUGGUCUUCAAAAGCCUUGUCAGGAGUGCGGAGGUGGACCGAAGGCUUGGAAAGUCUGCUGCCAUUUUGCGGGACUUGGGCAGCAAAAUCCCAGAGGAUCGCGCUGACCUUGUGCAGGAAGCAGAGUCCUUGACCCUACGAAUUCAGACUGCGACUGACGAGAUUGCUGCCACGAAGGAGGUCGCAAGGUUGGCCCGCCAGAGCUCUCCCAAGGAGCUGGCCGAGCAGGUCUGCUCCGGCAAGGAGCUUAAGGAGGCCAUCAAGACAUCUAGCGCCAUGCUCUUGGCGGACCGCAAUGUGACCCGUGACCUUGCGCAACAGAUCGCAAAGAAGCUUGUCGAUGAGGAGGCCCCUUGUUUGCAUUUCGAGGCUUUUGAGUUUAGUACAAACCCGGAGAUUGGCCGGGACGAGCGAUGUAGUGAUGUGGUGAAACUCAGCCAGGUCGAAACACCCUCGCUGCUUUUUGACUUCCUGAAUUUGAAAGACUCGGGGCGGUGCUCCGUGAGCCUGGCCUGGCUUCUCGAGUGCUACCCCGUUGCAGAGGACAAGCCUGCGUUUGCCACUCAGCUCCUGCACGCCCAGGUGGCCGCUGUCGGGGAAUGCGUCUUUGAGAAGCUUCGCCUGCCAAAGUCAAUAGCUUUCGCCAAAGCAGUCCUGCCUGACAGUUUGCGCAGGGAUGACUUUGAAGACGAAGCCAAGUGGCUCCCUGAUCCCAGCAAAGAGCCCGUGGACAUUUCGAAGAAGCAUGUGGAGGAUGGCUUUUGCUUGAGCGUCGUUCGGGACUUGCAGAAGUUGCACGCUUGUUUGCUGGUGGCAGAUGGCGCAGGCAAAUUGGACACAAAGGUCAACGCCUACCUGUGCACCGUGGCCAAGGCUACUUUCAGCCAGUCGCUGACGCUCCCGACGGCAGCCCAGGCUGAGUGGAGGCAGGGGGGCCUGCCUUUUAAGGCUUGUGCGUUGAUCUCUGAUGAAUGUUUUGCCUACCUUCCCCUUUGCUGGAGGUCUCUCUGGCAAAAGGUGCUUUCUGCUGGAAAGGCUGCUGCUGAGGCGAAGUUGUCUGUGAAAGAUGUCGACAGCCUUGCAGCCCUCGUAGAGGCCGUGGCGCGCUACUCAGCCAGCGAGCUUGCUGAUGCCACAGAGGAAAAGCUCCUUGCGCUCCAGACGCAGGCCAGCAAGCUUGUGCCCUUGGAAGAAUUGGCGGCGCACCUUUCCACCAGGGGUAUGGAGAAGGAGGCCGCCAAGCUCACUGCUGCUAGGGACCAGUUGAAUGAGUGGGCAAGUGACAUCUUGUGCCCAGAAUUCAAGGAGAAACUCGGCCAGAUCAAAUCGUGGGCAGACGGCGUUCUUGUCGUCCCCAAUUUGGAGGAGGCAACGUUCCAGACGCUUGCCGAGCACUUCGAUCCUGCAGCGUUGGCGGCCGCAACUGCAGGGCUCCAUGCCUCAGACCAUUCCUUUGCCCUCAAGUGCUUUAUCCGCGGCAACGUUGUCCUUUCGAAUGUCAGUGAUGCACACAAGGCCCUCGCGGAGUGGUUGGCCUUGUCUCGCGACUGGCCACCCUCCUGGGUGGACAGCGCAAGCCUUGAAGAACUCCUGGCAAAAGCCGUGACAUUCUGCACGGAAGGGCUGCUCCUUUUUGGAGAGGAUGGGGACAAGCCGGUUGAGGCCAGCUCAGAACUCGAGCUUGUCUCCUUUGUAUGGAUGUCCGUGCGCGACAUGCUGGCUAGGCUGCUGAAGAUUUCCAAGGCCAAGGCCGUGGUGUCACUCGUGAGCGGCAGCAUCACUGAGAUGAAGUCGUGGAUGCCGCGUGAGUGGCACGCGCUGCAGAUGAGAUGGGGGCCUGAGCUGGAGAAGUUGGACGCGUCAGGGGGCGAACUGAACUUCGUGUUCAUUCGGAAUUUCUUUGCCGAGAAGCUGGCAGUGUUCGAAGCUUCCAACUUUGCGAUUAGUCCGGAGCUUGCUGCUGACCAGUCCCCAUUUCUACAGGAACUUCAGAAGUCAUGCAGCUCAUACCGAGCAACUUUCAUCAAGCACCUCGGUAGGGCCAUUGAUCUUGCUAAGGGCAACUUGGCCCCUGCCACGUCUUUCCUUGACAAGUACGGCGAGGUCUUGACUUGUUCAGAGUCGUGGCAAAUGAAGCCGGUGGAGUGGGUGUUCAAAGAGGAGAACGAGCGCAACAUCAGGUCUGACUUGAAGCAAGCCAGCGUUUGCAGACGCUCGCUUCUCGAAAGCCGCGGUCCCCUUCUGUCCCUCGCGCGCAAGACGGGCUGUGAACAGCUUCAAGUGGUGCAAAGCCAGGCCAAGGAGACAUCAGACAAAAUCAAAGAAGUUUGCCAUCACGUCAGCAAGCUGGCCUUGGCAAUGAUCGUGGCGCAUUGCUUGCUGGUGGGCACGGCAGGCAAGGAGGAGAUUGACAGCAUGUUCAAGUUUGUCACUGAGAGCUUCGACAUCGGCAAGGACUCCUUGCCUUCAAAGAUGCUCAAGCUGAUCUCUGCCUUGGAGAAGCAGGGGCAGGACAAGAAGAAGGAGAAGAAACCUCACAAGGAUGCACACCCUGUGAAAAGGGCAAGGAAGUCCAAGUGA